GCGUGCACAACACAACACACACACUUUGCUGUUGAGGGAGAUAGACGUCUUCACGCAAUGUGAAGACACGACUUGGAUGCUAAAGAUCUAAUAUACGACGAAACGUUAGAGCAUUAUAAGUGCUACGUGAGGUCGAUGGUGUAUUGUAAUCUUAUUAGAUAUAUACCUGCGUUUUAGUGGAAAGUUUGGGAUCUCUCGCUCUAAGUGAAUGAACUGGGAAAGCACUGUAUUACAACUUGGAUGAACAGGUUCUCUCCUCGCGCCCCGGGACAUGUUUUAGCGGUGUUGGGUAGGGAAUUAUUUGAUCAUAUAAUUAGGUGGCAAAACACCUCGUCACCACCAUGAAGCGCUCAAGAGGUACAGUAGCGACGCCAUCUUUCCAGUCCUCUCCAAGGGCUGCGCGGCAGAGCGAGUGGCUGCGGAGCGCUCUGGCCCACCAUCACUGCCCCGACCCCGGCGUGGAGAACGAAAUAGUGGUCCUGGCCACGGGGAUUGACCAGUACCUCCAGGAGGUGUUUCACCACUUGGUUUACCCCAAACAAGACGACGUGGUCUCGGCAGAGGAUUUCACUGUGCUUUGCUCGGUGCUGGGGCUUACCGGAGAGGAAAGUGAGACAAGGGAUGGAGAGAAGGAAGAUGAUGAAGAGGGUCAAGCUAUUUGCUCGGAGCUCCCUCGCGAGCUGGCCUUUAGGGACUUCCAUUCGCGGCUAUGCGGUUAUUUCCGCGUCCGAGAGCGCGAUGCAACUGGGGUCAUGCGCCUCCCAGUUACAGAGGAGACCGAGCACAUUGAGCGCGAGAUCCGGCUUCGGUGGCCGCGGGUCAGGCGACGGAAAUGUGUCAGUUUCGACCUCACAAGAGAACAAACCGGGAUGAGGCCCGCGCACAACCGUGAAAUGGGUUCAUCAGAACUACAUCAUAAAACAGGCCAGACAGAAAGCGAGUGUGUGGCUCUGAGGGAGCUGGUUGAGGACCUGCGCUCUGCUCUACAGGGCAGCGAUGCUCGCUGCCUGGCUCUGGAAGUUGCAUUACGACGACACAGGCUUACCAUGCACCACUCCAAUGUAGUGACUUCAAACACACAUACACUCUCAAACAUACCAAUUUCAAAUGCCCAGGGACGCGAGAGGGGUGCACCUAACCCCCCAAAAGAAGGGAUCCCAAAUCUCCAGGGUCGAGGGUGCGGGGUGGGGGUAGAGAGGGUAGCAGGGAGACGGGGCUCCAAAGACCCUAUCCUCAGGGAGCUGCAGCUGAUUCGCUCCUCACGUGACGGACAGCUGGAGGAGGCAAUCAGGUUCAACCAGCGGCUGGAGGAGGAGCUUGGCUGGGCAUAUGGUGAGGCUCGCAGGCUGGAGGGGGUGGAGUCUCGCCUACGGCAGGAGAAUGCUGAGAUCAGGCGGAGAACAGAAGAGGCGAGGGAGGCUCUCAGAGAAGGUCUCAAGAAGGUGAGACUGAUCCAGAAACAGGCUCAGAACGUCCCUCAGCUCCAGAGCAGAGUCACACAGCUGGAAACAGACAUUCAAGAGUACAGAUCACAGUGCACCUGCAGAGGAAGCCACGCCUCACCGCCUCGAGAGCCCAUGGACGACACCUGCCUCCAGCGAGCGGUGGAGGGGAGAGCUGCCUCGGACGAGGAAGAGGAAGAGAGGGAGAGGAAGGAGGAGAGGGAGGAAGGACAGUGCUGCCUUUUGGAGGUGAAAAGGCUCAUCAACAGACUGCACAACUGUGGUAAAGGGUGUCAGAAUACAACAGCCCACCACUUGCUACUCUCCCAGAACCUCCUCCUUGACAACCAGAACAAUCUCCAUGGCAAUGACCUCCUCAUGAUCCCCAGGGGGUGGGGCCGCAGAGGUCACACUUAUCAGGAGGAGAGGGAGACCGAGUUAGAGAAGAGGCAUGAGGAGGUGGAGGGGUUGAGGUUGGAAGUUCAGAUGGUGGAGACCGAGAGAGUACGUCUGUCACUCUUGGAGGAGAAACUGACAGACACACUAACACUGCUACUGCAGCUACACAUCAAGGGUGUCUCUCAUAGGUCUCUGGGGAAGAUGCUGAUUGACACUCUGGAUGUCUGCAGAAAGAGUGGACAUAGCCCAUCCCAUGUGCUGCAGGUGGUCAAUUCCUUCUGUGCCCAGCUUUCGUCCAAUGAGCUGCUGCGAGAUGGGGUAGGAGUGGGAGGGGAAGGUGGCGGGGUAGGUGGAGAGGCACGAGUAUCUGUGUCUACAAGCCAGAGACCCUCAAGCCCGCCAACCCCCCUGCUCAUCUCCUGUUUAGGCAACACACAACCCUCUCUUCUCCCCAACUCCCCUCCAUGAACACUACAUAACUGGUUUACAGCUACAGUACACUCCUAAAUCUCCUUCUGAUUAUGCUACAAUACCACGUCCUCUUAUAAAGGGAAAGGUAAAGGGGGGUACCUCGUCAGUUGUCCAACGGGAUGCAUUCAACUGAAAUGUUUCUUCCACAUUUAACCCAACCCCUCUGAAUCAGAGAGGUGCGGGGGGCUGCUUUAAUCGACAUCAACGUCUUCGGCAUAUACCACUUCCUCAGGAGUAGGCCUAGCUAUGACUGUGUAUAUGAGAGGAAGAUACUACAGGUUCAUCUCUGUUGCUCUGAGGUUAUAACAGUCUCUGUCUGUGUACUGCUAUAUGUACACAGCAGAUUUAGACUUUCACAUCUGUAUAUCUAUUCUGUUGUGUUUGUUACUAACAUGGCACUUAUGACACAAUCAUGAUUAUUUAUGCACAUUUAUAUAUUCAUAUUUAUACUAAGGGGACAAGUUUGAUUAGCUAUGUAUUAUGUUUUUGUCUUUCUGUGUCAUUUGACAUAUUUUGUUAGUUUAGUUUAAAGCUUUGUAGAGGAGCACACUAGUGUGAUGACUGUGUAUGUAUGUCUUCUGAUUGUACCUUAGAUACACUGCUUACUCUACAUCAGGUACAGUACUUUAUACUCUAUUCAUUAUUUAUCAAAUCUCUCAUUGAGAUGACACAUCUUUUCACAUGAGGGACCCGGGAGACCUGAUUUAUAAACAUGUAACAUUCUAAUUAUUGCAGUUAUUGUAGAGGACAAUUAAUACAUUAAUGAAUAAAACCUCAUAAAAUGUG